AUCAUCAAUUUCUUUCUUCUCGAAUUGUCUGUCUUCGAUUUUAAUUCAGAAAUUUUACAUGUUUAGUUAAUAAGAAAAAUCGUAAAAAUUUGUCUAAAAAUUCCGAUUUUGUCUUUUUCUGCAGCUCUCCAUUCUGUUUCUUCACAUACUCUAAAAGCAAUCAAGAUGAGCGAACAAAUUGUGUGCUACAAAUGUAACGAGGUCAUCACACAGAGAAUGAUCACAGCUUUGGGUAAGACUUGGCAUCCAGAGCACUUUCUGUGCCUUCACUGUGAGUCCCAGAUCCAGGAUGCCACUUUCAAUAUUCACAAUGGUGAGCCAGUUUGUGCCAAGUGCUUUGUGGAACGGUAUACUCACAUUUGUGCCGGCUGCAAGGAGCCCAUAAUGGAACGCACUAUCUGUGCCCUGGGUGAGAAUUGGCAUGAUAAGUGCUUUUGCUGCGAUGGAGCCUGCAAGAAACCUUUGGUCGAUCAGACAUUCUUCGAACGUCAGGGCAAGGUGUAUUGCAAGCAGGACUACGAGGAUGCGUUUGCUGCCAAGUGCGCCAAGUGCGAGAAGCCAAUCACAGAUAGCGCUUUGGUGGCCAUGAAUAUGAAGUGGCAUCGCGAUUGCUUCUGUUGCAAUCGAUGCGAGAAUCCCAUUACUAGUCAGACUUUCACCGUGGUCGAUGAUAAGCCCAUCUGUCCAGCCUGCCAGUAAUAAGUUUGUUGUAACCCAUUCCAACCACUCCUGUGAUUGGAUAUCGAUUGGUUCACUCUCAUAUACAUUUUCUUUGUUUGGUUUUUGAAUGUUUCGAAACGUUUAGUCUCAUAACACUUUAACGUACUCAUAUCCACGCCAUCCACGUUAUAUAAAUAUCCACAUGCAGUUGCCACAGACAAUAAAAACAUAAAUGGAUUCGUUUUGCAUUCGA